AUGGAGUUCGAGUUGGCAAAUCCACACCGCUCACGCAAUGGCGAGGCUUACCAGCGAGGAGUGCCGGGACCCGCCGGCCGAACGCCGGGCCAGGGGCUCAGAGUCUGCGGCACCUGGACCCUCCUCCCUCGGAGGGUUGGGCCGGGUGGCCACGCUCGGGGUCCUGGAGACCGCGGGGCCGCGGGCGUGGCCAGGGGCGGAGCAAGGCGGCCUGGCGCCCGCACAGCAGCCCUCCGCGGUGCGCAGCUCGUCCUGCGUGGGCGCUCUGGGCCCAAGGCAGCCUGUCCCCACCAACCUUCUCCGGCGUCCGCGGCGCCGCUUCCCCGGGCGCGCGGGUCUCGGCCGCACCUGGCUGCGGGCUCCGGGCCUGCGGCUCUGGGACUGCCAGGACCGACGGCCGAGGUCUACGACCUGGGACGCGGGGGAUGUGACGCCUGCAUCCGGCCCCUCCUGUUGAAAAGCCGCCUCCGAGCAGAGCAGACGGUCGCCUUUAUCACAUGCAAGAUUACCAAGUUUGGCUGCCAACUUCUAGGAAAUGCCUUUUCAGCAUCUGUUGAUGCGUCCAUUGUUUCCCUGCCCCUCCCUCUUCUGACACUGGCUGCUGUUAAAAUCUGGAGUCGCAAUCCUACUCCACCUGGAUUAUCGAGGAUGCUAAACGCACGAACUCAACAUUGAUCCUGUUGGUGGAAAAAUGACACAAGCCGCAAUGUCUGCUAUCUCCUGUGGGGCCACCUGGGGCACACUGUUGUACACCCCUUUCCCCACCAUGCUUGGGUUGGGCUGAAUGUGAGGACCCAUAUGGACUCAAGUUAUUAUAACAUCUGGUUAUAGUAGGACAUAGUCAAUAUCCCAGAGCUCUGUCCAUACUCAAUGGUGGAAGUGACUGAGCCAUUCUGUUUUGGUAAUUGGCAACUCACUUUUUCUGAAAAUAAAGUGUCAAUGAUAAUUGGGAUAUAUAAACCUCAAGUCAGCCUCCUGCUGAUUGUUCCACGGUUAGUUAAGAAUUACACUGUGGUGAGCUAAUAAAUACAAAAGCCUAGAGCAAUUGUUUCUGUGAGUAACAGGGAAAUAUUUAGUAAGUAUCCACUGGUCUCCUGAGCAGAAGAGCAAGGAUUUCACAUGAUGAUUGUCCCAGUCUACCCUCCCAGAAGCACCACAGCCCCGCUUGAGGCAGGUGCCCUUCCCCACACACUUCACUGCUUCCCAGGGUUCCCCCCGCACACAGAGAAAAGCAAUUCUCAGAUAUGUUCUGGGUUACUCUGUAAACGGGUUGUGAACGUUGUUAAAUUAAUUUCUCAUAUUUGUUACAUACACACACAAAGAUAUCAACAGAGCAGACAAACCUUGAAGACUCUAAGAAGGCUGGGGAGUUGAGCCACUGCUGUGUGCGUGCUUCUCUAUUUCCUCUUCCUGUGUACAGAUUAGUAGGACGUGACAGAGUCUUGAUUUAAAGUUUGAAACAAUCAUCCUCAUUUCCACAAGGAUUUGGAGCAGUGGGGAACCUAAGCUCAGCAAAGGAGGCUGCGGACUAGCCUCCUGUCUUUGGUGAGCUUCUCGUCUUCCUGUGGUUUUCACCUCCCCACCUGCCUUUGCCAUCCUGGGUUACCAUGUUUAGACUCAACUCUAGUUCAGGGUCCUCGGUUCUUGGGUAGGUAUCAAAAAUUAAAUCUUUUUUCUAGCCUUGGUUUCACAAACCCAUCCCUUAUAUCUUUCCUAUAACAUCCAGUAAGAGGAUAUCCUGCUUUCCUCCCUAGGUCAGAUUGACUAGCCAUGGGCACCACCAUGUCUAAAUGUCAGCAGGGCAUUUGCAGCCCUCCUUAGUUUAUAAUGGAUCAUUACAGUGCAUGGUCUUUUAAAUGGGCAAUAGGUACACUGGGAGUGAGCCCAAAUUUAAAUUUCCCCAUUAAGGAUCCUGGAACUAUGAUAUCCUGAAACAUCUAAAGGAGGACCAGGAAAGUCAUUAGAUUGUUGCCAACUAGAUUGUUUCAUGUACACGUGGAAAGAUUAGUUCUGACACAAGUUGCCAAGAAGGUAGGUGAAACCUCACUAAAGAUGUUGAGAGAACCACUGAGAAGUCCUGUCAAUUUCCUCUCCAAGCGUGACCCACUAAGACAUACCCCGCCCCCCAUCCCACAACAGCUAAAGACUGACUGUUUGACUUCCUCCUCCUCCUCUGUCCCCAGAGUCACUUAAAAUUGCCUUGAGUGGAGUUCCAACAGUGUCCUGAUGUUCUACUUUCAAAGAUGCCAACUGGAGAUGCCUGGAGCUUUGCUAUAAAGUACCCUCUUAAUCUCAUAUAAAACUCAGCCUCGCGAAGACUUGGCUCAUAUUCUGAGUGUCCAGGUGUGCUAGGGCACUUGCAGAGAAUCUGCUGGUCUUGAUUCACUGGUGGGGGUAAUCGCUGCCCAGAUUAGAAACAUGCCCUGCCUGGGGUUUUAGAAAGUGUGCUGGCAGUCACCUUUCCUCACACCCAUCAGGCAGUUGGUACCUGCCAUGUUGUAUUGUCAAGUUUUAAAAAAUAAAAAAGAACAAAGAAAAA